GUGUUGUGCUUCAAGCAAAAGGACGUAUGUUGUACACAGCGUUUAUGGAUCACGAUUUCUGUUUGUUAGUAGGUGCUGCGGACAAUUAUCGUGAUAAGGAAGGCGAGCGAGAAAAUCCAGGAGCGGAAGAAAAACGGAAUUAUCCAAAUAAACUUCUUACUAAGCCGAGUCUUUCGCCGACUUGCUCAAAUGCCUCAGAGCUCUCAAAGGAAGAUGAAUUUUUACAGCUUGCUGUUUUGGUAUCCGAAGAUGAAGCAUAUGUGGUAGGGUUACCGAAUUUUACUCAAUUAUUUUCGCAUCGCCCAGAGAUUCCAUUCGUUAAGGCUCAAGCAACACACGUGUGUGGUCGCCCUGUACUAAUGCUUUUAAAUGGAGCUGGACAGAUUGUUGUAUUGAGCCUUCCAUCUUUAAGGCUUCUUCUUUGCUCAAACCUUUUUCGGCAUUCCAUUGAUUACGACGAUCCCAUGUGCAUGAAAACUUCAUUUUCGGAGCACGGCCUGGGUAUGUAUACAAUAACGCCUUCCGAGGUUCAGAAAUUUACAGUAUGCACGGAAUUGGCGAGUCAAGUGCAGGAAUCGGUUGGCGAUUUAUUUGUGCCUGUUGAUAUGCCUGAACCACCGCGAAGCUCCUUCCUCAAAGGAGUAUCAAAUUUGUUCGCAAGCCAAAAAGAAAGCUUUGAUUUAGAUUCCAUAUGUUAGUU